GUGAUCAGAUUGGAAGCCCUCAGCAUCAUCAUGAAUGAUCAGACAGAUGAACAAUUCUAAAUCCUCCAACACUGGGACAGUCGGCGGUGGACACAUGUCGAUCCCCUUUUCCACGAUGCUUCGCUUCCGACACUCUAACUAAACCCUCCGUCACCGCCUCUGUUUCCCCUUCUCCCCUCCCUCCAUUAUCAAACUCCUCUGCACCCUCGCUACCUUCCUCUUCUAGGGUUCCCGUCCCUUUUCCUCUCUUCGCCCUCACCCUGUCCUCCCAACAUUAGAUGCACAGAGGACGUUCCUUCUGAUUUUUUUUGGGCUGUUUGUUUCCAAACAAAAUUUAUUCAUUGUGCUGCUGCCCAUCCGCAUAAUCCUUGAAAUUUGAGUUUAAUUGUGCUCCUUAGCUGCUGAGAGUUAUAUCUUUGCCUUGUUUGACAGUCCGUGUUCAUUAUCGCUCACACAGGGGGAUUGUGUGUGUGAGAGAGAAAUGGGGCACGAGAAUCUAUCGUCUCAAAAGAGGGGCGGUGGAGGUGGAUUGCCCACGUCCACCAUCGCAAACGGACGAGGUCGUGGAUUUUCCGGCUUACCGCGUGGCCGGCAGAUCCACAAGACCUUCAACAACAUCAAGAUCACCAUCAUGUGUGGCUUCAUUACCAUCUUGGUCCUUCGCGGCACCAUUGGGAUUAAUUUUGGUAGCUCCGACGCUGAUGCUGUUAACCAGAACCUCAUCGAGGAGACCAAUCGGAUCCUCGCUGAGAUCAGGUCCGACAGUGAUCCCUCUGAUCCGGACGAACCUGUCGAGACCGAGCUGAAUCCGAAUAUCACCUUCACCCUUGGGCCGAAAAUAUCAAAUUGGGACGAGGAGCGGAAGGCUUGGCUGGAUCAGAACCCCGAGUACCCCAAUUAUAUCAAAGGUAAAGCUCGAAUCCUGCUUCUCUCUGGUUCGCCGCCAAAACCUUGUGAUAACCCAAUUGGGGAUCAUUAUUUGUUGAAGUCGAUAAAGAACAAGAUUGAUUACUGUAGAUUACAUGGGAUUGAAAUCGUGUAUAAUAUGGCUCAUUUGGAUAAGGAACUUGCUGGGUAUUGGGCAAAACUGCCUAUGAUACGGCGGUUGAUGUUGUCGCAUCCGGAGGUGGAGUGGAUUUGGUGGAUGGAUAGUGAUGCUUUCUUUACCGAUAUGGUUUUUGAUCUGCCAUUGUCGAAGUAUGACAAGUAUAACUUGGUUCUUCACGGGUACCCUGAUCUGUUAUUCGAGCAAAAGUCUUGGAUUGCAGUGAAUACAGGUAGCUUCCUGUUUCGAAAUUGCCAGUGGUCUUUGGAUUUGCUUGAUGACUGGGCUCCCAUGGGUCCGAAGGGUCCCAUUCGUGAAGAGGCAGGGAAAAUAUUGACCGCAAAUCUGAAGGGAAGACCUGCAUUUGAAGCAGAUGAUCAAUCAGCCUUGAUAUAUUUGUUACUUUCAAAGAAGGAUCAGUGGAUGGAUAAGGUAUUUCUCGAGAAUUCUUACUAUUUGCACGGUUACUGGGCUGGCUUGGUUGAUCGAUAUGAAGAGAUGGUUGAGAAGUAUCAUCCAGGUUUAGGUGAUGAGAGGUGGCCGUUUGUGACACAUUUUGUGGGUUGCAAGCCCUGUGGAAGCUAUGGAGAUUAUCCAGUUGAGAGGUGCCUCAGCAGCAUGGAGAGGGCUUUCAAUUUUGCAGAUAACCAGGUGCUUAAGCUCUAUGGGUUCAGGCAUCGUGGUCUGCUGAGCCCUAAGAUCAGGAGAAUCAGAAAUGAGACAGUUACUCCAUUGGAGUUUGUGGACCAGUUUGAUAUACGUAGACAUGCUCAAGCUAGUGAAUCCAGAAGCUAGAAGGAAAAACAUGUUAAAGGGGAUUUGGUGAAAGUUCACAUGUAAGUUUACUUAUUUUUUUGUCUUACUUCUUUGAGAAAGGCCAGGAUAGAAUUCAUUCCUGUCAUGUUUGAGUGAUUAAUCAGUAAGCAAAUUAUAUUUACUGGUAUCAUGGAUACUGAGAUUCCUUUGUUUUCCCGUCUGGGGCAUGGAUUCAUGAAAUUAUGACACUUUCAUUUGAA